AUGACAUCUGCUGGUUGUCGUGCCCUUGUCACCGGGGUGCGCUGCGAUGUCCUCCACGCACCUGCAGGCACCUGGGCGUUGGACCUGCGGCAGUGGCAUGCCGGCUCGGACGCAGGCCUGAUCCCGGGAAAGAAGGGCGUGCGCCUCGGCCGGGAGCAGGCCUCUGCCCUGCUGGCUGCGGCGCCAUUGCUGGACAGCAAGCUCAAUCGCAAGGCCCCAAUCACUGUGCAGCCGGGCCCAGUCAGUGAGGCGGCUGAUCGUCCCCCAGAUGCAGGUCCCGUAGAGCUGGGCUCAAACAAGCGUGCCGAGGUCACGACCUUCAAGGGGCGGAGCCUGCUGUCCCUGCGCGAGUACUAUGAGAAGGAUGGCCAGCUCCUUCCGGGAAAGCGCGGCAUCGCAUUGGCGGCUGACCAGGUGCUGGCCCUGCUAACAGCCGCGCCCCAGCUCACGGCAGGACUGGAGCGCCGGGAUGACAGCUGCCGCGCCCAGCUCUCAGCGAGCCGACGCGCCGGUGUCUCCGCUUUCAAGGGCCGUCACUCCAUAGAUAUCAGGGAGUGGUACGAGGUGAGCCAGGCUGUCAUGUCAGGAGGGCGACACUUGUGA